UAUAUCGGCCAUUAUAAAAGAGGCUGUGGGUGGAUUAAGGAUUACGUUGACCAAGCAAUAGCUUCUCAAAAAGAAGCUACCUCUAAAGUAAUUGAAUCAGUUAAAGUGAAUUUCAAAUUCAUAGGUAACAAGCUUCAAUUUGAAUUUAACAAUUCCCAACUUGAGCGUGUCCAAACUGCGACGAAGGCGAUCAAGAAGGGAGAUAAUGCUUCCGCGAUUUUAGAGCUUCAGAAAGUAGAAUAUGAUAUCCUCAAGCGUAACAAGCUCAUUAGGAUUGUAGACAAGUCUGAAGAUGGUUGGAAGGUGGUUGAUGAGUACUUAUCGGAGGAACUCGCAAGUGAUUCCGAUGACGACAAGAAAAUCAGAGCUGCUCAAAACAGAGCAGCUUCAAAACGUAGGAAAUCGAAGAUUAACAGGUCCAAGGCUACACCCUACAAAUCCCAACGUCGGCCUCAGGAAACUUUCCCUAAUCCUGAUGCUACUUUUCGAAUAUAUAUGCAACAAGGUCGACCUCAAAUUAACCAGGUUCAUACAUCGAGACCAUUCGACGUAUGCUUCGGUUGCGGCAAGUCGGGACAUUGGAGGAGGAAUUGCCCGAAUACCAAACCCACCAAAGAAGGCACAGGCCUCUAAAGAUACCGGAUUCGGUAAGCAUAAUUUUGACAAUUUAGACAUGUUUGAAGCAUUCCUCUGGAUAUAAUCCUAUAUCAUUAGUGUGAGUACGUGGUACCAUU